CAUGUAGUACAGUUGUUCUGUGGAGGAGGGCCGACAGCUGCGCGGCAACGGACACCGGCGAUCGGUCGGUUGGUCGACGUCAGAAGUUAACAGUCGGUACUGCUUCUGUGGAUGCUUGAUUUCGCCUCCCGCUAACGACAACAGUAAUCAUGGCAGAAGCCCACCAGGCGGUGGCCUUCCAGUUCACCGUCACCCCGGAGGGCAUUGAUCUGCAGCUGUCUCACCAGGCCCUCACUGAGAUCUACCUCUCUGGUGUGCGCUCUUGGAAGAAGCGUAUCAUCAGACUCAAGAACAGUGUGAUAACAGGGGUCUAUCCUGCCAGCCCUUCCUCCUGGCUUUUUGUGGUCAUAGCAAUCCUGGCUACCAUGUACACUCGCUCCGACCCCUCCAUGGGACUCAUAGCCAAGAUACAGGAGCACCUGCCAGUCAGCCAGUCCAUGAGUACCCAGUGCCAGGCGGUGGUGUCGGCUGUGCUCUUCAGCACCAUGCUAUGGCUCUUGCUCAUCUUCACCAUGCGCCUAUGCCUCAAGCAGCUCCUCUCCUACCACCGCUGGAUGUUUGAGCAGCAUGGCAAGAUGUCCAAUACCACCAAAGUCUGGGUGGCGCUGGUGCGGAUCUUUUCUGGCAGAAAGCCUCUGCUCUACAGCUACCAGGGUUCAUUGCCAAACCUGCCUGUGCCUGCCAUCAAGGACACAGUCAAGAGGUACUUGGAGUCAGUGCGACCGCUGAUGGAUGACACAGAAUACGAACGCAUGACCAAGCUGGCUGCAGAGUUUGAGAGCAGCCUCGGUAAACGCCUGCAGUGGUACCUCAAACUCAAAGCUCUCUGGGCUGCCAACUAUGUUAGUGACUGGUGGGAGGAAUAUAUCUACCUACGGGGACGGAGCCCAAUAAUGGUCAACAGUAACUACUAUGGCAUGGACUUCUUGUACGUGACACCCACACCCAUCCAGGCGGCCAGAGCAGGCAACACCAUUUAUGCAUUCUUUCUAUACCGCCGCAAACUCAACAAAGAGGAGCUUAAACCUAGUCGUAUACCAGGCACUGUCAUUCCUCUGUGUGCAGCUCAGUGUGAGAGGAUGUUCAACACCACACGCACUCCCGGAGAGGAGACUGACACAGUGCAACAUUGGCAGGACAGUGACUACGUUGCGGUGUACCACAGGGGACGCUACUUCCGGCUUCGGGUGUACCAGGCUGGCAGACUCCUUUCCCCCAGGGAGAUUGAAUUCCAAAUUCAGAGGAUCCUCGAUGACUCUUCGCCUCCUUCCAAAGGAGAGGCGAAUCUCGGGGCUCUGACCGCUGGUGAAAGAAUUCCAUGGGCUAAAGCCAGGAUGAACUAUUUCAGCAGCGGGGUCAACAAACGCUCUCUGGACUGCAUUGAGAAAGCUGCUUUCUUUGUGACCCUAGAUGACGAUGAGCAGGGCAUGAUGGGAGAUGACCCAGAAGCUAGUUUGGAUCGCUAUGCUAAGAACUUGUUGCACGGGAAAUGUUAUGACAGGUGGUUUGACAAGUCCUUCUCAGUUGUUUUCUACAAGAAUGGAAAGAGCGGUAUUAAUGCAGAGCACUCGUGGGCCGAUGCACCAGUGUUGGCACACUUAUGGGAGUACGCCCUGGCCACUGACAGCUUCCAGCUCGGUUACAAUGCAGAGGGUCACUGCAAAGGAGAAGUGGAUUCAUCACUACCAAGACCGCAGAAGCUGAACUGGGAAAUCUCUCCAGAAUGUGAGGAGCAGAUAUCCCAGUCUCUGGCAGUGGCCCAAGCCCUGGCUGACGAUGUUGACUGCCAUGUUUUCUCCUUCCGAGAGUUUGGUAAGGGGAAGAUCAAGAAGUGUCGAGUCAGUCCAGAUGCCUUCAUUCAGAUGGCUCUUCAGUUGGCCUACUACAGGGCGCGGAGGACGUUCUGCUUGACGUAUGAAGCCUCCAUGACCCGCCUGUUCAGGGAGGGCAGGACCGAGACUGUGCGCUCCUGUAGCAAUGAGAGCAGUGCCUUCGUACGAGCGCUGGAGGGUGGAGAGGCAGCAGAUGUGUGCAGGCGUUUGUUCCGCGCAGCAUCAGAAAAGCACCAGCAUCUGUGCCGCAUGGCAAUGACUGGAGCUGGCAUCGACAGACACCUCUUUUGCCUCUACGUGGUGUCCAAAUACCUCGGCGUGGAGUCUCCUUUCUUGAAAGAGGUGCUGUCUGAGCCCUGGAGGCUGUCCACCAGUCAGACUCCACUCCAGCAGGCGGAGCUGUUUGACCUGGUUAACCACCCAGAGUACAUCUCCUGUGGAGGGGGCUUUGGUCCGGUGGCUGAUGAUGGUUAUGGGGUGUCCUACUACAUCUAUGGAGAGGAUCUGAUUAAUUUCCACAUCUCCUGCAAACACUCAUGUCCAGACACUGACGCCCAUAAGUUCGGUGCUCAGAUCAGAAAAGCCCUGCACGACCUGGUACAGCUGAUUGGCCCCAACCAAAGAGAGUCCAGCAAAACAGAAAAGAGUCAGCCCGAGGUCAAAAAAGACCUGUAGACUGAUGCUCAGGGAGAAAGGAUGAUGAAGGGAAGGUGUGUAAGUAUAAGGCCGUAUUCAGACCAAAUCAGGCAUUGCGGCAAAAACUCAGUCCUCCCUCUCAUCUGAAUGGGGCGGUGCUGCACCGGGCCUGCGGCGAGAAAGUUGAUCCAGAGUCAACUUUUGGAGAAACGCAACCCAAUACAGCUGGCGAUCAGACUGAUCAGACCUAUAAAACCCUGCCA